AUGCAUUUAACGUUACAUCUAUGGACAGAUCUGCAGCAUUUGGACAAUGAAAUCAACAGAAUCAAGAAAGAGAAUGAUAGGAUGCAGACUGAACUCAGGCAUCUGAGUGGAGAGGACAUAACAACUUUGAACUACAAAGAGCUGAUGGUUUUAGAGGAUGCUCUUGAAAAUGGGAUAUCAAGUCUCAAAGCCAAACAGAUGGAGUUUGUGCCGAUGAUGAGAAAACAUAAUGAAAUGCUCGAGGACGAGAACCAGGGGCUCCAAUUCAAGCUGCGGCAGAUGCAUUUGGAUCCGAUGGAUGAUCACAAUGGGUUAGAAAAUGGGGAUGUUUAUCAUCAGCAGGGAAUCGGAGACUACGCGUCACAAACGCCUUUCGCCUUUCGUGUGCAGCCAAUGCAGCCGAAUUUACAGGAUCGUUUCUAG